ACCGACAAAUAAAGAAAUUAGAAAAGUUGACUGAACCCCUUUCUUGCCUAAGCACUUUUAGUACAAAUAAGUAAAAAAUCUUUUUCCAAUAUUGUGUACAGCUAAUAGGUAUAGAACGCGAGAAGGUAAAAUAGAACUUCCUAUAUGUCACGAUGCGACUACGACGGCGUGUUCUACAGGGUGUUCUGCGUGACAUUACUCGCCACCGCUUUCACGUUCACCGUCAUCCUUACCAAUGUGUUCAUCGACAUCGACGGAUUGCUGGCUAAGAAAGGCAAACAGAAUCAUGAAACUACAGACAAUGUUGAAUAUAAAGACAAUGUAAAAAGUAACGAAGUCACCAACACGCCAGAAGAUGGUACUACUGAUAAUCUAUUUGACAAAAACUAUAUAGACGACCAGUCAGAACCUUCGUACAGAACAAAAAGAUCGAUAGAAUUUAAUAGGGAAGAAGAAAUUGUUGACUUUGAACUUAAAUCACCUUUAGAAGAAUACGUCUCUAACUAUAAUAAGGAGAAAAGAAAAGAAACACCCGAAAGAAAUAUACAUCUAGCUAUUCAUAGAAUACCUGAAGAAAAUAUAAAAGUAGACGCUACCAUACCUACAACUAUCAGUAAACUAUUAAAGAAUUUAAACAAAAGGGAAUACACAGCACAAGCAAAAGAUUCAGAAGUCGUGAUGAAAACAAUCAUUGAAAUAAAACCUUUGAAUGACGAAAUGAAGAACGAAAUCAGUUAUUCUCAAGAAAAUGUGAAAGGUCCACGUAGAAUUAGGUACAAACAUUUACAUCUGCAAAAUAUAGAAAAGGAAAAUUUUAGUAACGACGAACAUAAAACAGUAUUAAAAUUAAAAAUACUGGGACCACAUUCAAGGAAUUGGAAAAAUAAGGAAAGGCACAGAGUAUUCGAAAUUAUUCCUAAACAUGAUCAGUAUUAUUAUUUAAAUAAAGCAUUGGAAUAUCUGAGAAAAUAUUCAACAUACAAUAAAAAUCAAUUUGCAUUUAUCACUUUGGAUAAAAGGAACAAUGAACGAACGAAAAGACAAGUCAAAGUUAGAUACGAGGACGACGACGCUACCACACCAAAAAUAAAACCAGUCCGUAAAACUACUAAGAAAGCUGACGACGAACUAUAUGUUGAAAUAGAAACACAUUUCGAUGGCUCCGGCGCUAAGGGGGAAAGGAAGAAAAAACUAGUAAAAAGUCUAAUAGAUAGAAUUCAGAAAGCCAUACGAUCAGAUGAAUCAAGCAGAAACGAUAGAAAAAAGUCACCCGAACAUUUACAAAUCAAAAAGCGAAUCCAAAAUCCACUCAAACAUAAACCAAAGAAUAUAAUGAAGAUGAACUCAGUGGAGCAUAGACAACAGAACCCCAUCAACAAAAUAGAAGUUAGAGAUAUUCCACAAGAUGCAGAGGUCAAAUCUGUCGACGAUUUGGAGGAGCCGUAUAACAAUCCAAACUCAUUUCCCGUACCAAAUAUAGAUAAUUCAGCAGAACCAGGAAAUUCGGAAUUUAAUAACAUUUUAAGCAGCGGUAUUCCGCAAAGGAUACAAGUACCAUUAAACCUCCGGCACCCAGAUAUGCCUGGCAAACUGAAAAAUUCCUACGCGGAUGCUGGUAAUGUAACACUAUUUAUCAAAGAUAUCGAUGGAAGUGGAUUCUCUGUUGGCUUUAACCAAUACGUAGAUGAGCCUCCAGAUGUUGACAGUAUGAAAUUGUUUUCUGGAUUAGAAAACUUGAUCAAAACAUACCAUGAGGACUACGAUCAAAAUAAUAAUGAAAACAAUAACGUUAACGAAAUCGAAGAUUCAGCCGAAAAACCACACGAACUCAUGAAGAGAGAAAUUAACAAAGACAAAAAUCAGCACAUCUUGUAUCGUCGGUCGGUGCAAGAAGUGGAGAAUGACUACCGCUCCGACGCUUAUAAUAUUAUUUUCGAUAAGAAAAUGUUGCCCUACGCUAAGUAUGAAGAUAUCUCAAAUCGUCCGAGCCAUCGAACCAUGCCCUCAGACUAUGAAUAUAAAAUUAGAAACUACGACUACAAUCCAAAAAAUAUCAAAAUAUUUACAAAAGACAUCAAAAUCAAAGCACUUCCUAUUGAAUUAAAUGAAGAAAUUUUUGAUAAGAAAAUGAGACAAUCUGGAAUUUUUAGCUUAGCAAGUCUGUUAUACCAGGGCGGGAAAAAAAGAAACAGAAGGUCUGUAAACGUUCAAAAAAUCACAAACUUGAAGUCCAGAAUUAAACUCGCCAGGUAUAUAAAUACGAAAAAAAUGGAGUCAAAAGCGUUAUUUUUAAAAAAUAAAAGAAACAAACGAAACGUCGAUAAAAUAAGGAUAUUCGCAUCAGACCAGUCACAAGGCCCGUCAAGACAAUCUGAAGAAAAUGUAUACGUGCUUUCGGGAGAAAAUUUCUUUACUAAUCGAGCAUCGUUGAGAGAGAUAGAACUUCCAGAGAGUGAUACUGGUGAUGACGCGGGCGGGGAGCAGCACAGCGAUGAUACAGUGCCAUUUGUGUUUGACGAACCCUAUUCCAGCAGCCCUAACAAGGAACCAAACUAUAUAACAAACAUAUUUGACACUAAAUACGGCCAAAACGGUUUAAUGUCAAAAUAUCCUCACAUAUUUCCGGGCACAGCGCGAGAAUCUAAAGAAGAACAAUUUUCGAAUGACGAGUUUUUAUUUAAACGAGGUAAUAAACAGCAACUGAAGCUGGAAAACUUGCUAGGAAUGCGCGCAGGAGACAACGGCUCGCCAGAAAAGGACGGACGAAUACCGGACAUUGUGAACGCUAUAAUGCCAUCGAAAAAUAACUACAAAGUCACUGUCAAAAUUCUACCUAAAAAUUUAACAAACGCACCUUCCGGCUUCAAAGAAAUGCACACAGUUAUAAAUAAAACCUACAACAACAACGGCGUUCAAUAUUAUUCACUUGUCAAUGUAUCUGAAAUAUCUAAAAUAGAGAAAAUCAAUAAAACAAAAGAAAACGCACAUAUUGAAGAUAAUCCUAAUGAUAGCAAACCGACAGAGGAUGUAAAAAUGCAAGAACAAGAGAAAAACAUGAAAUUACUACUGGCACUUCAGAAAGAGAAAAUAGAACAGCAACUGCUACAUUUGAAUAAAGAAAAAGAAGGACUCGAAAGUAUACUGCGAGAAAGAGAUGGCAUUAAAGAAAGGAACAUACACGAUCUAUUCAAAGAUUUCAUGCAUUUAGAAUCAAAUAAACCUAACGAUGAUCUGGAAUUCUUGCACGAUAUGAGUCACUUACACGUUCAUAACCCAGUAACCGUAGAACCGACUACAGAAUCAAAUAUUAUAUUACCUAUAACAAACCACGAUAUAAGAAUCAAAUUAGAAGUACCCAAAGAACAGGAAAACAAAAUAGAACCUGUGAAAGACAAAGAGCAUUUGACAAAUGAAAUACUAUCACAAUUAAAUAAAAAUACAGACAUUCUCCAGUGCUUUUUGAAGAAACUUUCAAAUAAAUUUGACCAACCUGCACAGACAACGCGCAAUCCAUUGGAACAUAUCACUGAAGAGAACCAUUUAAGAUCCCAUGAUCUAAAAGACUGGGGCCUCCACCAUUUACACGAUUCGUUCUUCAACGAUCACCUUCAGAAGAACGAGUCUCAUUACGCUAUACCUUUCGUCUACGCUUACCAACAUCCAUAUUUACCACCAAAUAAACCGCCAUUACCGAUGGCAAAGAUAGUAUAUCACGGACACAUACAUGCUAAUAAUUUACAUAAAUAUGGAAUCGAUGGUAGAAAGUAUAAUUCAAAUACAUCCAAUAAUAAACAUAACCAUCCUACUACUAACCCCAGUGGUGCUAAUCGUGAAGGUAACAAAUUCUUCAUAGACAGUUUAGCCCGUGACGUCAUCGUGACUCCUUCUAAAAUCGUACAGAAGACGGAGUUUCCAGCACCUAUUGUGAAUGUAACACAAAUACUUUGA